AUGGCCGCGCCGCCACCCGCGCAGCAGGGCCUGGCGCAGCUCUACCAGCUGUACCGCCAGGUGCUGCGCGUGCACCGCACCAAGCUGCCGGGGCCGCUGCGGUCCCUGGGCGACUCGUACGUGAAAGGGGAGGUCCGGCGCCACCUCAAGGGCAAGACGACGCCGCAGCAGUGGCGCGAGUUCCAGGGCCAGUGGGCCGCGUACGUGUCGAUGCUGUCCGGCCGCGCGGACGCUGACGAGGCGCACGGGUCGGUGCGGCCGCUGCACGACGCGGAGGGCGCCCUGAACGAGGAGCAGCGGGAGCAGCUGCAGCGGCUCAAGGACGCGGCGCUCGAGCUGGGGGGUGAGGGCCGCGGAGGGGCCGACGGCGGCAGCAGCGGGGGAGGCUGCGGCAUUGCGACGAAGCCCUAG